UGUCGGCGCUGUUUCAUGAUGGUUGUCGUCCCCCUCAAGUGGCUGUGAAGCAGGACUCCAGACCGGAUUAUAGCAGCAGACACCGCCGAGCUGCCGACUGGCAUUUCUGCCCUUAAUUCGCCUUCAACAAACGGUCGGACGACAUCGACAUUGUCUUCCAGCGGGACGUGUGCAGAGAGGUAAACCGUGGAUCGGGUUCUGCAGCCCGGCUGUCAUUGACAGCUCUCGUUAUCAACAAUAACGGUUAGCUAGGAUUCCUCAUUGGCCAGGCAGGAGCACUAUGGUUUAUUAAACCUCCCAAAAAAUAGAAUUUAGGCAGUUGUGAAGAAAAGAAAAAUAGAUAAAAACAGAUUUAAAUCAGGGACCUGUGCAUUAUUGUAGCUUGGCCCUACCAGCCCUCCCUCUCCUGGUACCGUGCCGCUUCCGUCAUCUCUCCUCCAUGUAACGGGAUGCUGGAGGGACCCAGCCCCCCCACGCACACUGAGGCCACGUUCAAGGGCUGCAGGAGUUUCUAAAACCUCGGUGACGAGGAGUAAUGAAGUGACUUCAUCGGUGAGACUUUCUCUGUCACUCCUGGGCGGGCACAGUGAGCCACACAGAAGCCCUGGAGGGGGGGCUUUGAAUCCUGAUGACUGAACUCUUUACCUGACAUGAGUUGAAUGAGAAUGGACUCUGUGGAUCUCAAAAGAACAAAUAUAGAUAAUAUGUGUUCUAUAUUUGUGUAAUAAGGCGCAGUAUUGUGUGAAAUAUAUCUUAUCAGUUAUCACAUCGCAGCCUUGAUCAUUGUGACAUCAUGAUGGUGGGACCCCCCUUCCCCUCGUGUCUCAGGACUACUGCUAUCUAAAAAAAACGUUGGUUCAUCUGUGGGAACAGAGCACUUGUAGAGAGGGUGGUGGUCCUCCAGCAUCAUGGACUACCAUGCUGAGUGCUGCUUCUGUGACCCCGAGGAGGGCUAUGGCAGCCCGGAUGAGCCCCCCCUCCACAGUAUCCACGCUCAAAACCGCAUCAGGCCGUCAUCGUACCGAGCCCUGCGGAGCGCCGUGUCCAGUCUGGCCCGCAUCGACGACUUCUUCUGUGAGAAGAUCGGAUCAGGCUUCUUCUCUGAGGUCUUUAAGGUGCAGCACCGGAUCACAGGCCAGGUGAUGGCGCUGAAGAUGAACACGCUGGCUAGCAACAAAGCUAACAUGCUACGAGAAGUGCAGCUCAUGAACAGGCUCUGCCACCCAAACAUACUCAGGUUUCUCGGGGUGUGUGUGCAUGAAGGUCAGCUCCAUGCUCUGACGGAGUACAUCAAUGGAGGCAGCCUGGAGCAGCUGCUGGACAGCGACCUGCACCUGUCCUGGGCCGUCAGGAUGGGGCUGUCCCUGGACAUCGCCCGGGGGCUGCACUACCUGCACAGCAAGGGCAUCUUCCACAGAGACCUCACCUCCAAGAACUGUUUGGUGCGCUGUGACGGCGGUGUGUUCACGGCGGUGGUGGGAGACUUCGGCCUGGCAGAGAAGAUCCCUGAUUACAGUGAUGGAGGGGGGAAGCAGCCUCUGGCCAUCGUGGGCUCCCCCUACUGGAUGGCACCUGAAGUUCUGAGAGGAGAGCUGUACGAUGAGAAGGUGGAUGUGUUUGCGUACGGCAUCAUCCUGUGUGAGAUCAUCGCCCGCAUCGAAGCUGAUCCAGACUUCUUACCCAGGACAGAGGACUUUGGUCUGGACGUGGAUGCAUUUGAGAACCUGGUUGGGGAUUGUCCAGCUGCGUUCUUCAGCCUUGCUGUCACCUGCUGUAAUAUGAGUGCACAGCAGCGUCCCUCGUUCUCUCACAUUGUGUUCACACUGGAGGGCAUGGAGAGGGAGGAGGAGAAGGAGAAUCCCCUUGCACUCGAGUCACUGUCAGCAGACGCCAGCCCUUACCGGCGCCACAGCUCCCCUUCUCACCCAGGCAACCGCAGCCAGCGACGGCAGGGCUUGGCAAGGAGCCAGUCGGACGUGUUACCCCCGGCGACUCAGAGCUCUCCUCUCCUCGGGACCCCUGCACGGGUCAACCCCUUCUCCCUCAGGCAGGACCUGAAUGGGGGGCGCUGUAAACUCUUGGAUACUCCCAGCAAGUCGGUUAUCUCGCUGACCUUCACCCUACCUGCCCUGCGGGACCCCUGCUCCUCCCCCCACCUCCUCAGAGCGCUGCCCCGGAGAUGCCGGUCCCUGCCCUGCACUCCUGAGCUAAGCCGGACUGUAGCCUCACCGAGACAUACUGGGUGGAAGGAGGAGGAAGAGGAACAGGACGUCAGGGUGGAGGGUGACAGGAGGGAGACCGGUGUGAGGUUACAGGUGGAGCAGACAGAGAUAGGUGAGAGGAGAGAGCUGCUUCAGGAGGAUGUAGGUCUGUCUGUGGAGCUGGAGAUGAUGUCUCUGGAGCGGCUGGAGGAGGAGGAAGAAGAGGAAGAAGAGGAGGAAGAGGAGGAAGAGGAGGAGAGGCGAUGUCUGACCGAACCCAUGGACUGUACCAAGUCUCCUGAGUCCGCAGACUCCACACAGACCAACGGCUGGCCGCGUCCCAUCUCCUACGGCCAACCCCCCCUGCCUGCUCUGCUGCAACUGGACAACAACAACGGCUCCGCCCUCGUGAUAGGUCAGCAGGUGCAGUGGGGGAGAGGGGGGCGGGCUAACAGUUACAGCACAGCGCCCAAUCAGUCCUCGGACCCCGGCGGCCCCUCUGAGCCGGAUGAGGUCAUUUCCUGUCCAGGAUGCUGUCUGGUGGGUCUGACUUUUCCCUCAGUGUGCCUCCGUGGAACAGCCGCGGUGCCCAUCCCCCGCCGAAGGACUUCGUUACCACGGCAGCAACCCUACCGGAACCUCAAUGGUACCAUAACCGGGGUCAGUGUGUCCUCGUCGACAACAGCCGCCACGGCAACCAAAGCUCUGCUGUGUCGCAGCACCAAUGGACUGACAGGGGGGGGGGCACCAGUCCCAUGUGAGCCCAGCCGCUCCCUGCCCGAGGCCCAGACAUAACUCUCAGUGCAUUGACAGUACAUGUUAGCGACACACACUAGAUGCUGCUACGCUCACACUGAGCCUCUGACCUGUUGUUAGUGCUGUGCUAACAACAGGGCCUGCUGAGAGGGGGGGGCUCAUUUGACCUGCACUAUGGUUUAUUGAAACUUGCUCUUAUUUUGGUAGUUGUGGUUAUCAUCUGUAUUCAGAGUGAUCACAGAGAUCUGUGAACAUGUGACAUUAAGAAAGAAUAGUCCUACUUAUUUGAAGGACAGUUAAAUUACUAAUGGACGCUGGCUUCGUUUCAUUGUACUAUAGUGAUGUCACCCUGUUCACACUUCUCCACAAUUACUUUAAUAAGUAUAGAUAUAUGGCCAAAACUACAACAUCAUGUUAACCCUUACCCCUUUUGGUAAAUCAUUGUCCGUCCAUUUAUGGAGGAAGUUUAAAAAGGAGACAUGUCAUGGCCAUUUCCACUGAUCAUAAUUCCAUUGUUGAGGUCUACUAGAAUAGAUUUAUAUUGUGCAAUUUUCCAAACUCACAUUGGUUUCUCACAGCAUCUCUGUAAACUACGUGUAUUCACUGAAUUUCACUCUCUGCCUUUAACGGCUCGUUGUAGCUC